GAGGGAACAACCCAAAGCAGGAGGGCAGGCAACCAUAACACCGUUGUUAUUUCGAUUUAAUCUUACUCAAUCCUGCAGAGAGACAAGCGCCACCAACUGGACGAAAAAACAACGCGCCCGAGAGGGUUUCUCUUACUGUGCCGCCGCCGCCGCCGUCCAUCCUACGGUCCUACCUUGCCAACCUGCCUCAUGGGGGUUCAUCCUCGCUCCUCGGGGCGGACGUGCGGACCAAACAAUGCAGUCCAGAAUGCAAAAAGAGGAACCACGCCUCCAUGCUCCCGGCGCCGUGGUGCCGUGGGCAGGCAUGCGCGCUGCUCCGUGGCGAGAGCGUGGCUCCGUGUUCAUCUAAAAUCGACGGGGGGUUGAAACCAGGAUAUCCAGCGGGGGUGGGAACCCGCGUUGAGGUCAGCCGGCGGCCCUUUCGCGCGCGAAACAAUACUGUAAAAAACUUGUCAAGACGGAACGGACUGCGCCAAGAGCCCCAAUUCGAUGACAGUCUCGACUUUCCUUUCGUCGAGGGAUGUGGACGAUCAGAGGGGUUUGGUGACACCAAUCUAGGGCAGAAAGCUGCAAUCCCCGUUCCCCCCUUCCUCUUCUUUGUCAAGAAUGGGCUUGAACUGACGUUAGACAUGCUCAACUUCAAGCAUACGGCGUGCCAUAAUACCGCUCAUGAUAUAGCCUCCCUCCCCGAAUCCCCCUCUACCCCAAACAGCCUACCCGGCCCCUUCUUUUCUUUUCCUUCCCGCAUCUUGACAAUAAUCCGAUGAACGUAUAAGGGUUGAUGGGGUCGUAGGUUAUGGACAGCUGAGUUUCAUGAAACAUUGUAUACCUUACGGAUAGGAUACAUGGUAUGUUUUUUGAAGCGUUGAUCG